CUCUGAAAGGUCCAGAAGAAGCCGCUAAUGUUGCCGCAGAGCUGGCGCGCGCCGAUGACGUCAGAGACCAAUGGCGGCGGCGGCGGCGGCGCUGGAAGCCUGGCAGGCGGCGUCUCGUCGGAGAAGGCGCUCGGCGGCUCUGCGUCCGCGGCGUAGGGAGGCGGCGGCGGCGGCGGCGGCGGCGGCCCGGGACCCGGGAGCCCAGCCCGAGGUGGACGGCGGAGACGUGCUUCGUCGCAUCCAGGAAGCCAGGGAGGACCUGCUUAUCUCUGAUUUCUGGAGUUCAGCACUAGAAACCAUCAACAGGUGUCUUAGGAAAUAUCUGGAACAGCUGAAGGCCCCUGUGGGGCCUCUUUCAGAAGCCCUUGGAAACCUGCAUCUCGACUCAUCACCAGGUGAGUCAGAUGUGGCCCCUGGCUCCGUCCCAGAAGAGACCCCAGUCACAGGAUCCUGCCGUUUGAAGUGUGUGUGUUACGGCGUUGGGAACUUCGCCACCUGCAUCAUAGCUAGAAACCAGCUCGCAUUUUUGCUUCUCUUUCUGGAAAAGUGCCAGAUCCCCAGAAGUCACUGCUGGGUGUAUGACCCUCUGUUUAGCCAGCUGGAAAUUGCGGUUCUUAGCACCCUUGGUGUGGUUGUUCUCAGUGAGAACGAGGAAGGAAAACGGAGUGUGUACGGCGAGCCCACCGUCUUUUACAUGCUCCACUGUGGGACGGCGCUCUACAACAACCUUCUGUGGAGGAACUGGUCCAUAGAUGCCCUUUCCAAGAUGGUCAUCGUUGGGAACAGUUUCAGAGGACUCGAGGAAAGGUUGUUGACAAGGAUUCUGCAGAAACAUUAUCCGUAUGUUGCAAAGAUUUUGAAAGGACGGGAGGAGCUGGCAUUCCCUCAGACUUCACAGUACACGGACGUAUUUAAUGACACCUCCGUCCACUGGUUUCCUGUACAAAAGCUAACACAACUCUCCACGGACACUUGGGCCUUCCGGGAAGAACCGGAUUACCAGGACUGUGAGGGUCUCGAGAUCAUCAGGAACAAGACAGAAGACCCCUCAGCCACUGACUUGAACCCGCUGUGAUGUGUCGCCACGGAGGGACUGCAGUGAGUCCCCUUUCAGACAGGGCAGGAAGUACGUCAACUGUGAUUUAAAAUACUAUUUAAAAUAC